AUGUACAACCCGUACCCAAGUUAUCCUGUGGCACAGCAGGACCGCAAGAACGUCAAUGUUAACGCCGUCAACAUGAACGCCAUGGGUGCUAUCAACUCCAUUAGUGGCUCGUCACCCAAACUCUACAAUGGUAACGGUAUGGUAACAAACAUGCCUCCAUCCUCAACUGUUGCCUCGAAUGCCUCGAUGUCUGGCAUGGGGCAUAUGGUUCAACCAGCGGUCGGAGGUCCUUCUUCCUCUGGUGCUGCCAGCGGUGCCACCUCCACUACCCGUAACUACUCCAAUUAUCCACAACCACAAAAUACCAGGAUAAUAAGUAACCCACCCGUCACCGCCAGCGUCACUGGCCACCACUUGGGAAUGCCUCCUCGUAAUUACUAUCAGCAGCAGCAACAGCAGUCUCCCCAAACACAAACAGCCUCUCAACAGCCGCAAAUGAAUUAUCAACAGCAGCAACAACAACAGCAGAUGAGCCAGUACCAGAAUCAAAAUCGCCAGUACCCAGCGCUGACCAUAUAUGAUGCUAACUUCCUCCAAAUGUAUCCACAGCAGCAGUAUCAACAACAACAACAACAAUACCAGCAGCUUCUUCAGGUUCAAUACCCCAACCAAUAUGGUAGCCAAUUCAACCAACAGCAGAUGCAACAUAUGCCCCAACAAAUCCGCAAUUCGCCGCAGCAGCCCCAGCAGCCCCAGCAGCUUCAGUCCCAUCCCCAGCAUCAGAGCCAAACUCGUUACCUCGAGCAACUUAAACAGCAGGCGGCUCCUCAGACCUAUUCGAUGCAAUCCAUUGGUUAUGAAGAUGAUCAUCACUUGGAUGGCUACCAUCAAGACCUAGACUUGAAACCACGGCAACAACCUCAAGUCCAAUUAGUUCAGACGCAGACCCAACCUCAACUUCCAGGAACUCAACAACAUCUUCUGCACCAGCAUCUUCAACAGCAACAGAACCAUCUCCAACAGCAACAGAACCUGUUUCAACAGCAUCUACAACAGCAACCACUCCAUCAGCAAGUCCAGCCUCUGCACCUCCAAGUCCAUGGCCAACAACAACAUCACCAGACCCAACCUCAAGCGGUGACCCACGAUCAAUACCUCCAUAAGCUGCCUCAACAGCUCUCUAAUGGCCCUUCAAAGCUUUCCAAGCACAUAAGUCCAGUAGGUGUCGAGCUGGUAUCUUCCAAAAUCACAUCAGCCUCUGGAUCUACUCCCCCAACCUCUGCCUCUUCGGGAGCAGUAGCCGGCCCCGAUCAGCCGAUUCGUAAGAGAGGAAGAAAACCAAAGAACCAAAGUCUUGAAGCAACAAACCCCACCUUCCAUCAGUUUGAUAACCCACCACCUGUUCCUGCGGAAAAGAGAAAGAGAGGUCGUCCAAAGCUUUUAAUCCUCGAUCCUACUUUAAACAGCUACAUCGACUCAUCGCAUCCCAACUAUAAGGCGUUGAGGACGCAAAUGAAACGUGAAGACGGACCAGUGCUUUCCAGUUAUGUAGAUAAGCUGCAAUCGGCUUACCUUUUGAGAGAGUAUGAUGCCUCGGAAGCUUCGAAGCUUUUGCAAAAGAAGGAUAAGCGUGGCAGACCCCGAAAAUUCGCUGUGGAAGAAACAGGAAUUACGGUCAAAGGUGUUAGAAUUGGAGGUAUGAAACACAAACGAAAAAAGUCAGUUACCAAUCCCGUGCCAAAUCAAAUGAAGAGACCAAGAGGUAGACCCAGAAAAAUCGAUACUGGGUUCUAAGAGCAAAGAAAUAAGAGAAGAAUCCUCUUGACUCUAAAGGAAUAAUACCCCUUGUAUAAUUAGUGUAGCAUGUAUAAAUUAUAUUAUUACUAUUGGUUAAUAUAUCACCCUUCACUACUUCCGGUGUGACUUUUUCAGCUUUUUCUUCUUUUUGUUCUUCACAUUGUUACUUCUAUUUUGGGUAUGACUAUGCGAACUUCCUUCUAGUUGUGGGUUGGCUAUCUCCUGUGAUGAUGCUAUGCCUGUGGGGGUACCUUCCCAGGACGAGUUCAACACUCGCGAUGAGCUUAUAUCUUCGGAAGAUUUCAGGUUUUCUUUGCUGCUGCCGUAGUUAGGAGACUUGGCUAACAAAGGGGAAGUCUCUAAAAGAGGAGACCUUUCUGCGUCAGACUGUUGGCUGGAAUCUGAUUCAAAUGUUAUAUUCUGC